CGGUGGGGGGUGUGGCAUUCAGCCUGCUGUCAGCCCGGCAGCCGCCUGAGUCACCUCCGGAUGGAGCCAGGAUGACACAGCUUCCUCGAACCGCAAACACAAGGUGACCAGACGUCCCCCAAGCCGGGCAGACAGUCUUGUCUUGCCGGAGGGCAGCCAGCCAGGGCCAGCCUGCAGGCUGGGUGUGGGCCGGGCUGGUGGGGUGCACAGCGAGGUGCUGCGGGACACCCCCCACGUUGAGGGGAGCUGGGGUGUGACAUCAGCAGAACCCUGUGUCCGGAGGCGGGCAGGGUGGUCUGGAGGUGGUCCCAAGCCCUCCUGGUCCUGGGGCCUGUGUUCAGCCGGUGAGGCAACAGGUCACUGUGGACGAGUCAGCGUUUGCUUGUUUGUCAGGAGCCCGCUGUGUGGGUCAACCCCGCCGUGCAGCCAGCCGGAGGGGCGCUCAGCUUUGGUCACCUGUGAGAGGCCCGCAGCCCUGCAGAGCAGAGUCGGCCACAUCUGGGUGGCUUCUGGCUUCAGGGUUUGCACCUGUCAGGUGAAGCGGUUGCUGCUCUGCGGCCUGGAGUGGGAACCUGCUCCUCCAAGACGGAACCCCUCGGCUCCCCUCCUCCCUCUUCCCCACCCUGACAGCCUUGGGGACCUGGGAGGAUGGCAGUGGGAGGGGUACCCCACGCCUAGCAGUUGCUGGGAGGCUCCGGAGCGGCCGCCUCCGCUCUCUGCCCGCUGGAACAGGUGCCAGAGGUUCAGCUUCCUGCCCGCAUGCAGCUCACAGGCCAGAUGAGUGGGUGGGCCAGUCGUUAAGUCAGCAUUGGAGCCCUUUGAAACUCAAAAUCUUUUCUCCUACAUGAUGGCAACCUAGGAGAUUAUCCUUGGGUGGGGCCCUGGCUCCCAUCAGCUGCCUGGGCCUGGUGUUAUUGGUGGAGAAACCCCCAACCCGGGCCCAGCCCAGAGAGGGCCGGAGUGUGCUGGGGACGGCCAGGGCUGUGAGUUUCCCACACGAGCUAGUGCCAAGCAGUAGGCGUUUGCUGGGAGUUGGAAAGUAAAAAGGAACCCGAAGGCACCCGAGAUCCUGGCCUUGGACGCACCUGCUUCUGGAAGGCAGUGGUGGAUGGUGGAACCUGGGCCACCUGCCCCGCCCUCCCGGAGCGCAGGGCCGCGAUGCCCAGCUCCCCUGGGCAGAGUCGCCCUGCCCUGUUCUUUACGGGCCGGAAGGGGCGGGGCGCCCCGGGCUCCCUAAUUUAUUCCAAACUGUGCGGUCACUGGAGCUGACUCCAUCUGAGCUGCUCGGGUGUUUCCUCUGCUUUUAAAGGAAAUUAUCCUUCCUUGUUCACCUUGUUUAGAUGUACGUCAGAAUGAAGUUUCUGGCUUUGGGUUGAAAACCAGCCUCUUCAGUUAGAAAAAUAGUCGCCCGAAAGGUGUUCCACGUUCUAAGUGCUGACUGCGCCCGCUCCUGACCAGCGGCCCCCUCUGGGCUGAAGGGGACGCGCGUGGUCACUCCCACUUGGAUGGGCAAGUGGGUGCACGCAGCGGACGUGCAGACACACCGUUCCAGACGCAGCCUGGCACGGGCCGCUGAGCUGCUCGGGUGACUGGAGUGGCAUCAGAAAGCCCCUGGGAGCGCGGGCUCUCUGCACACGGCAUCGCUAAGACUUGUCGGUCCGUGGACGUGGGACAGCCCAGCUGGAGCAUCCUCGUGGGCAGCUGUUGGAGAGGCGUUUUUGGCGCUGACGGUUGCUGAUGCGGUGCGAACGUCGGAGCUCAGAGUGGGAGUCAGAACAGGAAGCAACAGCUGCUCACACCUGGCCUCACCCCAAGGCGCUGGUGCUCACAGCACAGGCCCGGCGGGCAGCGCGGGACGGCCGUGUGGCUACCGGGCACUGGGACAAGUGAUUUUCCGCAGUUCUGUCCGGGUGCCUGUCCCAGGUUAUGACGACUAACCCCAAACCGAACAAGGCGUUAAAGGUCAAGAAGGAGGCGGGCGAGAACGCCCCAGUGCUCAGCGACGAUGAGCUGGUGUCCAUGUCGGUGCGGGAGCUGAACCAGCACCUGCGGGGCCUCACCAAGGAGGAGGUGGUCCGUCUGAAGCAGCGCCGGCGCACGCUCAAGAACCGCGGCUACGCCGCCAGCUGCCGCAUCAAGCGGGUGACGCAGAAGGAGGAGCUGGAGCGGCAGCGCGUGGAGCUGCAGCAGGAGGUGGAGAAGCUGGCGCGUGAGAACAGCAGCAUGAAGCUGGAGCUGGACGCCCUGCGCUCCAAGUACGAGGCCCUGCAGACCUUUGCCCGCACCGUGGCGCGCGGGCCCAUCACGCCCACCAAGGUGGCCACCACCAGCGUCAUCACCAUCGUCAAGUCCGCUGAGAUCUCCAGCUCCGUGCCCUUCUCGGCCGCCUCCUAGUGCCGGCCCCGGUUGGGCGAGGGGGCCGGCGGUGGGGCCAGAGGGGCUGUCCCUCGUGCUUGUUGGAGGGUCCCAUGGGGAGCAGACCCCUGAAACCCCGAGUCCAAGCACAGGCUCCCGUGGGGCUCCUGGCGGGGCGAGGUCACAGGGGCCUGAUGAAGAGUUAGGGGCCUGUGAGCCCGUGUGCCGCACGCCUGCCCACACGCCCACACACACGCACAUGCACACACACGCACCUCGCCUUCCUCUGGGCCCUGCCAGCUCUCUGCGGACUGUCUCUCUUCCGGAGCCUGUGUCCUGUGCCGGGGGAGUUGGGAUGUCUGCAGGGAGGGCCCUCAGCAGGUCCCUGGCCCUGUGGCCUGGGUGGCAAGGGCUCCGUCUUCCACCCCUCCCACCAGCAGCCUGUCAACACACGUCAGCGUGCCUGUCCCCCUGCCACCUCAGAAGAGCACCUGCAGCACCAGGGGCCUGGGAGGAGUGGCUGGUUGCAAGUGGUCCUGGGGGGGCCUGUGGGUGCAGGUGCAUGAGUGUUGUGAGUUUUCUCUCUGUGUCGGGGUGGCCGGAAGGAGGUCCCUAUUGAGGAGCAGUGGCAGCCUGGCCUGGGGACCCAGCCCCCACUGCGGCCGCCUCGCAGAGCCCGGGAAGGUGGUGCCCAGCAUGGGAAGGGGGCGAUGGGCCUUGGGGGCUGGGAGGUGGGUGGGGAGCAGGUUCUGUGCGGAACGGCGGGCUGUCAGCGAGGCCUCCGGAGCGGCCAUGGAGCUGGGGGGCGCCCGGCUGCCUGUGGCUCCCACUGCUGGAGGAGGUGAGAGAGCAGGGGGCUGGGUGGGAUCAGAAGACGAGGCGGGCUUGAAUGGGGCAGAGGAGGUGAUGGUGGGCGAGGUGGCAGGCUCUGGGCCAGGAAGUCCACACGGACCGGACGGGCCUCCCGGAAGCACCUGGAUGGUGUGUCAGCACAGAGGAGACGAGGGGACUCUGCGAGCCUGGUGCUGAGUUCCCUGGAACCUUCACCUGCCCUUUCUGGGGCAGGUGACCUUUGCUGGGGCUUCCCUUCCUUGAGAGCCACCGCGGGGGCUCCCUGUGUGGGCUGGGCAUGGACGGCCACUUCUACCCCUCCUGGGAGGAUGCUGGGGCCACGGCCCUGGGUCUGAGUGAGCUGCUGAGCCCCAUCACUGGCCAGAAGCCGCUGGGCUCCAGCUCCCGGUUUCCUCUUGUGCCCUGCCACCCAGGGAGACCCCCAGCAAGCAGGUGUCAGCCAUGCCAGGGUUGGGGGAGGACUGACAGCCCCAAGGGCUGCGUCCAGCUUCUGUGUCUGCUGGCAGGAGCAGACAGGGCACCUGGGCCUCUCCAGCAGCAUUGCCACAUGGCCUUGUCCCUGUCCUGGGAGAAGGCGGAGGGUCUGGGGCGCUGGAUCCUUACACAACCUGGUGUGUAACAGAAAGGCCCGGUGUGUAAGCAAAAGCUGUUGAUCGCAUAGCCAUGGUAGGUAAUCCACAUUGGAUGUCAAUAAGGACCAUGGGGAAAUAUUUAAAAAAGAGAGAAAAGUAUAUAUAUAUAUAUAUAAAAUUAUAUACACAUUUUAUCGUACAGACUUUUCGUAACUCUUUUCCUGUUGGGUACUGUCAGCCUCUUAGAGCAGAGCAGCCGUCGAGGGCAGGGCAGUGGGAACCUGUCGCCACCCCGCCUGGCUCCUCAGGCACCAGCUCGCAGCCCGAGGUGGGAGGCCCGGUCGCCUCCCGCUGCCCUUGGUCUCCCCUCCUGCCCAUCUGACUUGGGUCCCGCAGAUGGCCUGGGCACCUGGGCGCACCCCCUGCCCACCCUGGCCGGCUGUCCUGCCCAGUGGCCGCCCCGGGUUCACAGAGCGCCCCGUCCCGUGGGGUGCAGGUGGGCGAGUGCUGGCUGGGGCCUCGGAGGAGCUGUCCCCGCAGCUGCCCAUUGCCCUCCCGGGAUCAGGGGCCAGGGAAGGAAGACUGGCUCGCUCCCUCCUGCUUUUCUUUUUGGAUCAUUGAGAUGUCAUUGUCACAAUUUUAAUAUAUGGGUUUUUUAUUUAAGACAAAAGGCAGGGACGUCUUUGUGGCGUGGGUUUGUCCUCCUGUGCUUCUGACUCACGAGUCCCUGACACCCGCAGGGCCUGGCCCCCCGGGGGACGGGGCCUCCCCUUCGUAAGCUCGGCACCCACCGGUUUUCCCCGCCUCUGCCUGCCCAGCAGUUUCAUUUCAAUAUUUAUUUUUGUGCUGCUUUUAUCAUGAUAUAAAUUAUUGAGAAGAGACCUUAUGUCGUGGCCCACACCUGCCCUGUCCCCUCACGGCCACCACCUAAUUUAUUGCUGUACAUCUCUGCUGUGACGCUUUUGUACCUUUGCAAUAAAGACUUUUCUGGUUUCA